UCUGUCAGUCGCCGUUCGGGAAAGUCUUCUGGUGUUCUUGGUGUGAAAAAGUGAGUGUAAGUGAAAAUGGAGGGAAAUUUCUCAGUCUUGAGACCAGAAGCACGAAUUUCAGCGGACGGUGGCCACUUGUUAGGCUGGAAUGUCCCUCCUGAGGAUCUUCGUCAGAUUCCAGAUCACUGGCUCACAUACCCAGAACCCGAAGCUUCCCUACAUUACCUUCUUGGUUUGGUGUACAUCAUGUUCACGGUGGCUGCAUUGACAGGAAAUGGAUUGGUUUUGUGGAUUUUUGGUUCCUCAGCAGCCCUGCGUACUCCCUCAAAUGUCUUUGUGGUCAAUUUGGCUUUGUGUGAUUUUAUGAUGAUGCUCAAAGCACCCAUCUUCAUCUUCAACUCCUUCCACCGCGGAUUCGCAACUGGAGUCACAGGAUGUCAACUCUUUGCAGCCAUGGGCAGUCUCUCGGGAAUUGGGGCUGGUAUGACUAAUGCCUGUAUAGCCUAUGACAGGUUCAAUGUCAUCACCAGGCCCUUUCAUGCCAAAAUGACUCGCCUAAAGGCCAUCAUGAUUGUUCUCUUGGUCUGGGGCUAUACCAUCCCUUGGACAGUACUACCGCUCAUGGAAAUCUGGGGUCGAUUUGUUCCAGAGGGCUAUCUAACAUCCUGUACUUUCGACUAUCUCACCGAUACUUUCGACAACCAUCUCUUUGUGGGAGCGAUUUUUGUGUGCAGUUAUGUUAUCCCUAUGUCUAUGAUCAUCUACUUCUACAGUCAGAUCGUGAGUCAUGUGGUGAAUCAUGAGAAAACUCUCAGAGAGCAAGCCAAGAAGAUGAAUGUUGAUUCUCUAAGAUCAAACACAAAUACUUCGAAUCAAACUGCAGAGAUUCGAAUAGCAAAAGCUGCUCUUGUGAUUUGCUUUCUGUUUGUAGCCUCCUGGACUCCUUAUGGCGUCAUGGCGCUCAUUGGAGCUUUUGGUGAUCGCCGAUUGUUGACACCUGGGGUCACUAUGAUUCCAGCUUGUUGCUGCAAACUUGUUGCCUGUAUUGAUCCUUGGGUUUAUGCCAUCAGUCAUCCGAAAUAUCGUCUUGAGCUGCAAAAGAAACUGCCAUGGCUGGCUAUUCAUGAAAAGGAAAUCUCUGAUACAGCUUCUGUAACCACGGAAGUCACUCAAACUGGACAGAACACUGGACAAGUGACCACGACUACCACAUAAAGAAAAAAAUACACAAGAAAAAUUAUAUUAUAUGACGACCUUAGGCAGAAGAAAAACAAUGGACAUGAGUGUAUACAGGAAGUUUUUUUUUUUGGAAAUUCCUCAAAAGAUUUUGAUUUUUUUUAAUGAAAACUACUAAGAAUGUCACAGAUUAUUUAUCAUAAAUAAUUUUGUGCCUUUUAUAUUAAAGGCACUUUCAUUUGGGCACUCAAUGGGUCAAGUUUCAAGUUCAAUUGAUAGAGCACUCGCUGUAUGAUGCAAGUGUCCCGAGUUCGAAUCCCCUUUAUGGCCUCUACACACUAGAGAAAUUUAUGUCCAUAUUGAAGAGUUUUUCUUACAAAAGCGUAGGGAAUUUGCUUCAAUAUUGACAUAAAUUUCUCUAGUGUGUAGAGGCCAUUAGGUCACCAGGAAUUUUUCUGGUUUUCGAAUUGCAUCCAGUGAGUUUCACUGCGCUUGAUUUUGAAAGCUUGAUGUGAAAGCAAUGAAUGUCCCGAACUCCUCUUGCGGGGGGCCUAAGUUCCUCUAUGGAACGUUGUGCGUGCACCGUUAUUAUUACUAUAUUUUCAUUUGUAUAAGUUUGAAAACGAUUACGUUUCAGCAGAGAUUUAUAAAAAAUUAUCAUAAAACAUCAAGAGAAAUUUUACAUUAAAUAUUGAUUAUUAUUAUUAUUAUUAUUAUUGUUGUAAUAUGAAAAUAUUAUUAAAAAACAAAAUAUUAUUGUAAAACUUAACAGUAUUGGCAGUAUUCCAUAGACGCGCAGAACAGAAGUGGACAGUUUUAAUAGGGAAAUGCAUACAAAGGAGACCACUUCUGCUCUUAGCGUCUCAUAUAUUUACUGAUAUUGAUGAUAAGUUUUCCGGUAUAGUCCUGAAACUUUGUUUUUUUCUUGUUCCCCCUCUUAACCCAUUCAGUCAAUGUACCAGAAAUACUUGAGAUAAAAUGUUCUUAUUUUGGGAUUAGUUUUCUUUUCUACAGAUUAAUAGGUGAAUUUUUUGAAAAGAAAAUAUUUUUAUCCAUUACGGGGGCGCGGGGAGCCGUCCUCAAACACGCGUUUUAACGGUCACUGAAUUUAAAUUCUGUACAUUAAUUCAUUACAAACUCUAUUGAGUUAGAUAGAGUAACUAUCCAAGAAAACACAUUGGCAACCAGAAUUCAAAUCAGGAAAGAGGAUGAAGGCCAAUUUUAACAAAUUUGACGGGAUGUCGAAUUUUCCGUCCGCAAUUUUGAGCAAAAUUUUUGCAUGACUUCACGCGAAGCGAGAACAGAACAACAAAAUGCAUUCCCAUCUCUGUCGGGCAAUUUUUUCCAAGCAAUUGAAGGAUUAAAGUAACUAAAAAUCCAUUCCCGACAGAAAUUCGAAUAUCAAUUGCCCUGGAAUAAAUCUUCUAAAAUCACUCAAUUUGCAUAUGAUGUAUAAUACCAUGGUAAGGAAUAGGUCAAGCCUCGCUGUUGAUCCUCCAUAUCAUUUCCGCUCACUCCUCUACGUGCGACUGAACCCGGAAUCUUUGUAUAUUAAUAAAUUUCUGAAAAGGUUAGAUUUUAGAUCUUAAUAAAUUUAAAUUUUUCGGUAAUCUUUAAAUUUAAGAAGAGUUUGAAGUUCCAAAAAAAUUUAACAACUAUUACAAUUAUCUAUAUUUUUCAGAAUUAUAAAUUUUUUGAGAGAAUUUCCAAAGAAAUUUCUUCUCCGAAAUACGUUAAAUUUAAAUUUAAAUAAACUCCCUUGCAAGCAACA